AUACUUUGCCUUGUUGAUUUUAUCUUGUUUAACAAUCUAUUAACAGCUAAGGUCAUUUAAGGACGUGAAGAACAAGGUAGCAAGCAUCUCAGGGAUAUUGGGACCUCAGAGAACCAACUCUAAUUCUACAUUACAAUUUCAUAGUCAAAUGCAAUUUCAGGCUUAAGGAUAUAUGCUACCUUUGUGAUAUGCAUCAAAAAGAGUUCUACACUAAAGAAUCUGCAAAAUUGGCCCUUCUGAAAGGUGCGCAUAAUUGAUGCCAUUUUAAAAGGUAGACAGGAAUUAAUGACACAUUUAGAAAAGAACUCUGGUAUUGAUGACAAACUUAAAAAAUACACAAGAAUCAAUGACAUAUUUGAAAGGUACACAAGCAUUAAUGACCUAAUUAUAGGUACACAAGAAUUGAUGACAUAUAUGUAAAUUGCACAACAAAGAAGAUUUGAUAAGGGAUUAGUAAUUUUGAAUCAUAUAAGUUGGUACCACUUAAAUAUACCUGAAGUAUACAUUGUAACUAGUAAUGUAAGAAAAUAGUUUCAGAGCUGUCACAACGUUAAACAUCUGUCACCAGGUUCAACAAAUGCCGUUAAAUAUCACAAUUCUUUGACAAGAACAACACCGUACCCAGACAGAAUGGGAAGAUGGCUUCACAUUUAAGAUGUCCCUGUUCCAGUUUGUCAACUACUAUUCCUCCAUCUUCUAUAUUGCAUUCUUCAAGGGCAAAAAACUGAUGAUAUGGUUUAAGUCUCGGUCAGUGACUAAGGACCCGAACGAGGAGAAAGUGUACUCGAGGUGGGAACAGGACUUUCAUCAGGCCGACAUACCCAACAUUGGACUAUAUGAUGAAGAUCUUGAAAUAGAUGGUCGCAUGCAUAGAGUCUUACUGUUGGAGGAAACCAGAGUACUCGGAGAACAUAGAGUCUUACUGUUGGAGGAAACCAGAGUACUCAGAGAACAUAGAGUCUUACUGUUGGAGGAAACCAGAGUACUCAGAGAACAUAGAGUCUUACUGUUGGAGGAAACCAGAGUACUCGGAGAAACUCCACAUGGUGGGGCAGGUGACCCAAUACCUGUUCACCUCCAAUCAGGGGAAUCAAAACCCAGCUGUCUUUGUGAAGGCUAGUGCACUAUCCACUGUGCCACCCAAACCCGUUAAUAAUCAACAUCAUUGCAUCAGGACUUUCUGUUCUUGUAGCCCAGAUAGAAGUCUGUGUCUAAUUAUAAUUUC